AUGCCGCCCACCACCACCGCCGACGUCGAGCCCCUCCUCGAAGCCAACCGCGCGCCCACCACCGCAACCACCACAACCACCACCCCGCGCCGCCUAACCGCCCGAAAAACGCUCUACACCCUCGGCGCACUCAGUCUGCUGCCGCUGCUGCUCUUCCUCUUCCUCUACUCGAGCUUCUCGCCGCUGGUCCCCGCGUUCCGCGAGGCACCGCCUCGGCCAGUGAUACCAACGCCGCUGGGUACCGAUGGAGACGAGGUUUCUUCGCAUGUAGCUGCACCGCCGACGGCUUCGCCGGUGAGCGUGAUGGGCAGAGACCCGGACGACUAUGUCCUCGACCCCGAGUGGGACGUGAAUGCGCCGCCGACGACGAGGUACUAUAACUUGACGCUGACGGAGGCGGUCGGGAGUCCUGAUGGGGUCCUCCGCACCCUCCUCCUCCUCAACAACCAAUUCCCCGCCCCCCUCAUCCGCGCAAACACCAACGACACCCUCCACAUCACCCUCCACAACCACUCGCCCAACAGCACCUCGCUGCACUGGCACGGCCAGCACCAGCACGGCACGCCCUGGAUGGACGGCACCGUCGGCAUCACCUCCUGCCCCAUCGCCCCCGGCGAAUCCUUCACCUACGUCUUCACCGUCGCCCAUACCUCGGGCACAUACUGGUACCACGCGCACUUCUCGACCACGCGCAUCGACGGCGUGUUUGGGCCCUUGAUCAUCCACGCGCCGGACGAACAGAGGGUGAGUAGUGACCGCGUGCUCAUGGUGCAGGACUAUUAUCAUGAUGUGUCGGCCGCGCUGCUGAAGGGCUAUUUGGCGCCCGACAACGAGAAUGCGGAGCCGGUCCCGGAUGGGGCGCUGAUUAAUGGGCGGGGCAGGGUGGAUUGUGGCGUGGUGGCGGAGGGGAGGGUGUGUAAUGAGAGCUGGGGCGGCGGGAUGCAGUAUGUGGGGGUGGAGAUGGGCGGCGUGCAUAGGCUCAGGUUUGUGAAUGUGGGCGCGUUUGCGGAGUUUGAUGUCGAGAUUGAUAAUCACGAAAUGACGCUAAUCGAAGCCGACGGCACCCCCCUCACCCCAACCCCGCUCCACCGCCUCCGCAUCAACAUCGCCCAACGCUACACCGUCCUCCUCCGCGCCGUCUCCCCCCCCCCCUCCUCCUCCUCCUCCUCCCCGCCCUCCUUCUGGCUCCGCGCACGCAUGCUCCCCCACUGCUUCGCCGCCAUCCCACCAGCCCUCAACACCGAAGUCCGCGCAAUCCUCCACUACACCCCCUCGCCGCCGCCCCUGUCCCCCCACGCCCCGCACCUCCUCCCCACCACCACCGCCCGCUCCGCGUCCCCAGACCUCGAGUGCAAAGACCUCAACACGACCCUCCUCGCCCCGUCCCCCGCCGUCCAGCCGCCCCCCGCGGCUACCCUAAUCCGCCUGAGGAGCAACUUCGAGAUCGGCGCAUACGCGCUCGCGCGCGGCUCGUUCAACGGCUCUUCCUGGCGGCCCGCGCAGACCCCCACGCUCGUCUCCAUCGUCGACGGCCUGCGGUCGCACAACGCCUCCUCGUUCGGCGCGCACGCCGUCACGGCGGCCGGCGUGAUGACGGCGUUUGACGCGGGGCGCCAGAUGGUUGUGCGUGUAGCGGCCGGGACGGUGGUGGACCUGCUGAUCGACAACUUUGACGACGGCAACCACCCGCUCCAUCUGCACGGCCACCGCUUCUGGGUGCUGGGCCAGGGGCGCGGGUAUUAUGACCUGGCGGGCUAUGGGCGGGGCGUGGGGCUGGAGACGCGCAACCCGCUGAGGAGGGAUACGGUGAGUGUGGAGGCGUAUGGGUGGGUGUUGGUUAGGGUGCUGAUGGAUAAUGUGGGGGUGUGGGCGUUGCAUUGCCAUAUUGUGUGGCAUGCGGAGGCGGGGAUGGUGAUGCAGUUUUAUGUGGCGGGCGAGGAGGCGGAGGGGUGGGAGGUGCCGGCGCAGGUGAGGGAGGGGUGUGAGGCGCCCGAGAGGCAGAGGGGGGGUGGGAUUGAUGAUGAGGUGUUUAUGAGGGAGUGGGUGGAUAGGAAGAUAUAA